AUGUUACCGUUCAACAACGUUACCAACAUUGUGGUAUCCCCGAAACCACUCGGAAUAGAAAAAGUAGUACGGUAUUGUCUGAUUUGUGGCGACAAAUCGACCGGAUUUCACUAUGGAGUUUUGAGUUGUGAAGGCUGCAAGGGAUUUUUCCGCCGUAGCCACGACAAAGAGUAUCAAUGCAUAUACAAGACGUCGUGCAUGAUCACCAUGGAAAAUCGAAUCGGCUGUAAAGCUUGCCGACUCAAAAAGUGCAGAGAAGUGGGAAUGAAAAAACAGCAGCGUCAUUUUCUGAAACCAGCCUACAGCAAUGUACCAAUUGACCCGAUUCAACAGGACAAGUUGGAAUUCCAAUGGAUCUCUCAACAAAUUCGUCAAUUGCAUACGCCGACUUAUGCCUACUCGAAUGAGAGAAUAAUGAUGAUGAACAUCAAGAAUUUUGAACUGGAAAGCAACACGGAAAUUCUCCAACACUUUAUCAACGAAAUCAAUUCCGAAAUCACUUCCUUUGUCUCCUUCAUCCAAUCCGUUUCACUUCUCAAUCAAAUUUCCGCCAAAGACAAAAGUAUUCUCUUCAAAAGACACGCGUUUUCGAUCUAUCUUAUUCGAUCCGCACCAGCUUACACUGACAACGGAUUCCUUUUCAAACAAGGCGGCCUUAUUGCUUGGCAGAAGUUCUACGACGUCUACGGAGAAUUGGGCAUCAAAAUGAAAACCUUUGCGGCUCAGAUUCAAGAGAUGCAUUUUAGCGAGGCGGAAAUCGGAGUCUUCGUAAUGCUCACGCUGCUCCAACCAAUUCCAAUGGAAGACGUCGCUAUUCAGAAUGUGCAACUGUUGACUGAAACUUACACUCGAUUCUCUAAAACCUUGAAUUACCAAUUGGCAACUCGAGAUCAAGAAAAUCGGUUGUUCGACAAGAUUCAGGGACUUCUCGAGGAGGUUAACACUAUCAAUGAUCUCCACAAGCAAUUCCUUGAUUUGAUCAAAACAAACAACGCCAGUUUUUUUAUUCCUCCACUAUUCGCUGAUGUCUUCAGUGUUCCAGCGACGGGAUUGAAUGCCCAACCAGUCGAGUGA